UGAUAUUUGGUUUGCUUCUCAGUAAAGGUGGAAAUUUUCUUUGAAAAAAGAUAUUUAGAAUAGGUUUCGUAUUUAUAUUAGUUUAUACUCCACGUAAGUUGCGUUUAGCAACUUAAUUCAAGUUUUUUAUUAGCAUUAAACAAAUCACACAAAAUACAGCUGUGUGAAGAAAAAAAAAUCAUACCUAUCGAAUUUGUUUGUUGUUAUAUUAGAUAAAAAUUUAUUGAAAAGAUGACGGAUUCAAAAGCUUUAGCUAUGGCUCCUUCAAAUGGACUUCACGAUAAAUCUAAAGAGCUCCAAAAAGAAAUUCUUAUGGAAAAACUUAGAUCCAAAACAUCCCAAUUUAAAAAUCUUAGUGAAACUUCCAAAGCUGUUAGGAUGGCUCUUUUGGACAAGCGCUGGGCAGUAGAUUCAGCCGAUCGUAUGAUCCUACAAAAAUGUUUAGAUAGUUUGCAGCAUUGUAUCAAAGUCACAUCUCUACAGAGUUUAAUUGAGAGACUGGAAUGCUUGUCACGGCAGCAAGAGUUAAAGUUUGUUGUUGGCACAUCUGGGGUGAAUCUUUUCAUAUCUUCUGAUAUGUUUUACUUGGAAAUACUAGUGGAAUCUUGUGGAUCAGUGAAAGAUGUUAAGAUACAUCAUGAAGGCAAGAUUGAACAACAAAGCUGUGAAGAGUUAGUACAGUGUAUCGCCAGAGGUGACUUUGCAGAUUUCACAGCACAUCUAGAAGGACUAACGGCUGUAUAUCAAUUGAACGCUGAAAAAAAGAUAAAAUGUAAAGCAUUCAGUGCACUCCAGAGUUUAGAAGAGGAUUUAUGUACAAUGAGACAGUUGCAAAGUUUCAUAAAAGACCCAUGGACCCAGGUACAUAAGAGUCCUAUUGGCUUUCUUCAAAGGAGAAGAGGAGGACACGCAAUGCGUCUCACGUAUUUCGUAUCUCCAUAUGAAUUACUAGACAAAGACAAAGGUCUACAACCGCUAACACCAGAGUUGAUAACGGAAGGGCGACCACCCGCGUCCAACGGUUUUACGUCCCUCUCGGCAACUGCACGAACACCUAUAGGACAAUCAGCGCUAGUGCUGCUAGAGGGUUCUACGGCUAGUAAAUUACAAUUGGUGCCAAUUAUUUCAACGGCGCAGAGAGCUGGGAAAGGUGGUCCGGUAUACGCGCAACUAGUGCCACAAAACAGCGCAAUGUUACCGGCUUGCUUUACGCUCAAGUUAUCCCAGCCUAUGCCUCUGUGUGCGGGCUUGGCUAAACUCAUACAUGCUACUACUGAGGUUGAAAUAUCUGGAGAUUGGGCGAAUCCGAAGCCAAUGCUUGGUCUGAUCGCACAGCAGGCUUAUAACAAUCUAGUACCUGGAAAAAUUAUAGAGUUGAAUCUUAGUAAAGGACUUUUUGUGAAACUCCCCGACCAAUGGCAGUGCUACUUCCUGUGCGAGCGGCGCGGUCUGGGCGGGUGCGUGGUGUCGAGCGUGCCGUUCACGCACCCGUCGCACGUGCCGCAGCUGCUGGCGGCGCUGCGCCAGCAGGCGCUGUUCAACACGCUCGUCGCCUCCUGCGUGCGGCCGCAGACUAAACAAGCGGUGGACCUAGAGAACGUGCUUAUGUUCGAAGUGAGCGCGUUGUCAUGGCAACACAUCUCGAUAUCGCUGGAGCACCCGCUGGACGAGAGCAUGGCGACGGUGGAACUGGAGCUGGGCGAGCCGGCCGCGCCGCGCGCCGCCGUGUGCGCGCUGCACGCGCCGCCGCGCGAACACGUCGACGAGUACAUCACCAAGGUGCUGCAGAAGAGCCACUCGAUACCCGUCACUCUGAGAUCAUUGAUAAAAAUAUGGGAGCGCGAGGCGGCGGCGAAGCACAUGAACGGCGGCUACUCCGGGUUGGAGUCAAAUUUUAGCUGCGGCCUGGGGGGCAUCGACCCCGGCGGCGACGUGAAGCACGAGCCGGCGCCGCACGCGCGCGCGCUCUACCCCUCCGCCGUGUCGCACCCGCACCAGGGGGGUACAUACCUUUCCGAGCAACAGCAUCACUUAUCUAUGAUGUGCCAAGAUGCUGGCACUGGAGAAUUGAAAUCUCAAUUAUCUGAUGACCGAAAACCAAAGAAACGUAAAUCCGAUACGGGAUUGUGGUCAGCGUCGCAAAAGAAAGGGAAGCCCGGUAUCGGUGAUUUAGGUGACUCCGAUAGUGAAAGUGACAAUUCUGAAGGUUAUGGAAAUGAAGAUGAUAAUACCAUGAAUAGUAAUUCUACAAAUGAUGAUAUCGAAGGUCAGGAGUCAUCGGUCUCUCAGAAUGAAUUCGCAUCAGAUCUCGAGCUAUCUGCGAUGGACACGGCUGACGCUCUCGGUGGACCAGAGAACAGAACUUCAUCUGAUAUGGAUAACUCGAACGAUGGAGAUGUUGAAGAUAUAAUCAGGAAUUCUUUUCAUAAGUCUGAGCACAAAAGGCAAAAGCUGAAAAACAAAGAAGCUGAGGCGCGUAGAAGUACAUCUUCUUUGCUUUUAGAUCUCACUGACGGUAAAUCGUAUAUGCCAUCGUCCGUGAGUAUUACUCCGAUUUCUUCCAACUCUUCAAAUCAGCCCAGUUCUGGAUCAAAUUUAACUUCAAUGCUUUGUCUCGAUAGGAGACCUGGUAUCGAAAUAAUUCCAAUAACAGCCGCUCCGCCUGCCGCUUUGCCGAGCUCUAUUACAAUAACUCCAAUAACAUCGUCUCAAAUGAAGUCGAUGGAUGAUCGCAUACGGUCGGAGAAGAAAUCGAGCAAGUCUGAAGAACGAAGUAAAGAGAAGAAAAAGAAACGGCGCAGAGAUGAUUCCAUGGGACCACCAGAAAAAGUUCCGCCCAAACAAGAUCCUCUAACAAAACCUGUUUCUGUUAGUAUCAAACCGACUGACGGCUCACCCAUGCGAUCGACUUCCCCAAACUCGAUUUUAAGAAAAUUUAGUCCUAGUCCUACUCACGGCAGAUCAGUUUCAAUUACUAAAUCGCCAAGUCCUAAUACAGUAAAGGGUAUGGGAAAACCCUCCGGAACAUCGAGUCAUCACAACAGCCCUAGACAUUCCCCAGUACAAAGCAGUCCAAAACAUUUACCUGGGUAUUCUAGUCCAAAAAACCACAGUAUUUCUUCCCCUAAACAUAGUUCCUCUGGAUCUGGAAAACCAAGUAUGUCAACUUUAAAGUCUGCAACCAGUGGGUCACCUUCAGGUAAAUCCGGUACAACGGGUUAUGAUCUUACAAAAAAGAUAUCCAAAGACUGCUAUGGUUCCACGUCUUUGACUUCUAGAGACAAAGAAAAAAAACAUUCUGGUCUAUCUUUUUCUAGUUCUGGUAGAAGCAGCCCAAAACUAAAAAACCCAAUGAAAUUAAAACAACUUGAAAUAACACCAGUUUCGUGUGACAGCCCCGUAACUGAACCGUUAAUUUCACCACCUAAUAUCGAAGUAAAUAAAUCAAAUGCACCAAGCCAAGCUCGAAAUAGAAAAGGAUCUCUUAGUGCCGUUAUAGACAAGUUGAAGUCCGCACAGCAUUGCGGUACCGAUUCUGAUAUCGGAAGCGCUAAAACGGGCUCAAGUAGUAGCAACAAAUUUAAUGAUGUAAAAAAUAACGCGACAUCUAGUAAUCUAAAAGUGAGUGAAAGUAAAAACCAAGAGUAUAUGGUAAAGCCAAGUUUAGAUGGUAUGAAAAUUACAAUUAACAAAACAAGGUCGAAAGAAUCAUCUAGUAGUAAUUCGAAAAUAAAUUAUUCUGGAUCCAGUAAGCAAUCCUCACCUCAGCUUACACCGCCGAGCCAAGGCUCUCCUAAAACUCACACAGGCUUAAAACCAGGUGUUAUAAGUGGCCCGGCAUCUAAAAAAACUCAAGUUAUGCAAUCAUCUAAAUCCGGUUCAUUGACACCAGGAUCCACACCACCUAAAGCCAAUAUGAGUCCCUCCGAAUCUUCUAGCUCUAGCAAUACUAGUGCUGCAUCUAAAGUGCCUUAUUCUAAAUCUUCAAGUAGCAACACGUCUGGCAUAAAUUUAUCGAAAUCUGGCUCUAAAUCAAGUUCAGGUUCUCCAAAAAGCAGUAGUUCUGAUCUUGCCAAAAUCAUUCGUGAUAGAGAACGAGAAAAAGCUCGAACUAAACUUAUGAAUAAUUCUGAGAAAUCAAUAUUUUCCUCAAAAUCUGAACGACAUUCUAGUCCCAGUGGUUCACGAGACGAAAUCGAUGGUGAUAGAUUUAAAAGUUCAGCAAAAGACGCUAGUUUCUUAGUCGAAGGAUUGAUAAAACCAUUAGACACCAGUAAGUUUCAAAUACCGAAGCUGAAGAAUCAAAACACUCCUGACAAAAACAGCCCAGUAUCGCAAUACGACAGCCGCUCAAUGGUAAAUGACUUUAGUAGAUCGGUGGACCAAAACAAAUAUCCCUUUCCACACUUCGAUAGUCCAAAUAGAGGCUCUGACCCAAUGCAGAAGUCUGGUUAUCCACUAAAUGUACCGAAGCCUCUUCUAAACAUGGGAGGUGUAAGCCCUAAAACGUUGGGAAACAAAACUGACCCAUCAGAGUUUGCCAAGGUGUUGUCUGAUAGCUUAGGAAAAGGCGAAAGUCCCCAAAGAAUUAAAGAAGAUCCAAAAGAUGCUUAUUCUGGAUCAUAUCCUCUAAUGCCUCUGGAUUUUAAAACAGAUAUGGCAAAGGGGUUUCCUGCUCCCAAGGGAAGCUCUGAAGACAGAAAAGGUGCUGAUUCGUGUAUGAAACCGCCGGUUAGCGGUUCCGUGCCGCGUAGUGGUGCAACUACUCCCCAAGAGGCGGCUGAAAUGCUUUUAGAUUUCUCAUCAUCGUCGGGUAGUAAAGUGUCAGGUAUGGUGGCCGUCCGACCCGUGUACCCAGCCUCUCCUGCACUCUUACAGCUUGCAAAAAGUCCGGCCCCGUCCCCUUUAGUAGCGGCGUCGCCCCAUUCUAACUCUCCUUGCAUAACUGAUGAUGAGUUAAUGGAUGAAGCUCUCGUAGGACCAGGUAAAUAAGGAUACAAAAAAAUUGUACGUAUUUAAUUAAAUUAUAAAUAUAAGUGUAGUAUAGGUAACUCUAUUAGUAAGCAAAGACAAGAAAAUGUUUAUUUAUUUUACUAAAAACCAAACUGCUGUAAUCAAAUAUUAUUUAAUCAUACUGUUUUUGUGUAAUGUAACUGGCCAAAAUACAAAUAAUAUUUAAACGAUACUUUUGUGUAAAGUAUUACUAACAUACUAUAAAACUAUAGUUAUAUGUGUAUAAGUCAGUUAAAUUCUCUUGUUCUAAACAAUAUUUAUAACCUUUAUUUAUACGUGCUUAGUUUGAGGGAUAUCUUAUUAUUUGAUUUUAUAUUAAGUACCUACAUGUAACCAUAUUCUAUUACACCUACAUAAUAUGGCAUUUUAAGCAUGUUUUAGUACCUUUGACUUAAUCUUAUUUAAUCCUAACUAUUUUAUACAUUUCUGAAUUAGCUAGGUUCUUAGAAAUUUAUUGAGUGUAGUGCUUUGGCAAGAAUUUUGAUUUAUAUAAUAAUAAAUUUAUGAAGGCGUAGAUACGUCCAAUUUGUCUUAUUUUGACGCAAAAUUUAAAACUAUAACCAGCAUAAAAACAUAUUUCCUAUGUAUUUAUGGGCCCACCAGGAGUUUACCGAAUUGUUUUAAAUAUGUAUAUAGAUAAUUAUUUUAGAAUAAGUAUAUUCUAAUAAUAAUGUAAAAAUGGUUAAGACAUUUAUGUUUAUACCUUAGGAUGGUUGAAAUAAACGUGAUCCAUUCAUUCUUA